AUGUCUUCUGGAGGAAAAUCCGGUGGUAAAUCUGCUGCUGCUGCUACUUCAAAAGCUAGCUCAUCCCGUUCAGCUAAGGCAGGUCUUCAAUUUCCUGUUGGCCGUAUUCAUCGUCUACUCCGUAAGGGAAACUAUGCUCAGAGAGUGGGUGCCGGUGCGCCUGUAUACCUUGCUGCCGUUCUUGAAUACCUUGCUGCGGAAAUCCUUGAACUCGCGGGUAACGCUGCUCGAGACAACAAGAAGUCAAGAAUCAUUCCUCGCCAUCUCCAAUUAGCUAUUCGUAACGACGAAGAGUUGAACAAAUUACUUGGACACGUUACAAUCGCCCAAGGAGGUGUCCUGCCAAAUAUUCAUCAGAAUCUCUUGCCAAAGAAGUCAAAGAAGGGAGCCGCAGCGGCUGAAGUCUAA